CAAUGUUAUUAUGAAAAGUGAAAACCUUAUCUUUUUCUUUCUUUCCCUCCCGCCAUGGAAACGAUCGGCUUCUCAUCCGUUGCUUCUCGGCAUUUCUCCGCUUCUCCGACCUCCUUCCUCGCUACCCGCGGCCAGAGAUACGCUGGAAGAACGUGCUUUUCCUCCAGAUCCGCCUCCCCAUGGAUAGGCUCCUCAGGCUUCUCUCUUGGAAACCCCUCCAGGAAUCUCUUCACUAGAGAAGUUUGGAGUUGGAUUAAUUCCGAAUCAAGCUAUAUUGGUAGAAGAAAUCAGUUUGUGGUGAGAGCUGAGAUGUUUGGGCAGUUGACAAGUGGUCUUGAAGCGGCAUGGAACAAACUCAAGGGAGAAGAGGUUCUGACUAAAGAGAAUAUUGUUGAACCUAUGCGGGACAUCCGGAGAGCUCUUUUGGAAGCAGACGUGAGCUUGACAGUUGUUCGAAGGUUUGUGCAGGCUGUCAGUGAUCAGGCUGUUGGUGUGGGUUUGAUUCGUGGGGUGAGACCUGACCAACAAUUAGUGAAGAUUGUGAAUGACGAGCUUGUUAAGCUUAUGGGUGGAGAAGUCUCUGAUUUAGAAUUUGCAAAAUCUGGACCGACAGUGAUAUUACUAGCAGGUCUGCAAGGUGUUGGGAAGACUACUGUUUGUGCAAAACUUGCAUUUUAUCUUAAGAAGCUGGGGAAGAGUUGCAUGUUGGUUGCAGGAGAUGUUUAUAGGCCUGCUGCUAUUGACCAGCUCAAAAUUUUGGGCAAACAGGUGGGAGUGCCAGUCUAUUCUGAAGGAACGGAUAUAAAGCCUGCAGAAAUAGCAAAACGUGGAUUGAAUGAAGCCAAAAAGAAAUCAGUUGAUGUAGUAAUUGUGGAUACAGCUGGAAGACUUCAGAUAGAUAAGACAAUGAUGGAUGAGUUGAAGGAAGUAAAGAAAGCCUUGAAUCCUACAGAAGUUUUGCUAGUGGUUGAUGCAAUGACUGGCCAGGAAGCUGCAGCCUUGGUGACAACAUUCAAUAUUGAGAUUGGUAUUACGGGUGCCAUACUAACAAAGUUGGAUGGUGAUUCUCGAGGUGGAGCAGCUUUGAGUGUUAGAGAGGUUUCAGGUAGGCCGAUUAAACUUGUAGGACGUGGUGAACGCUUGGAAGACCUUGAGCCGUUCUAUCCUGAACGCAUGGCUGGCCGCAUCUUAGGAAUGGGAGACGUUCUUUCAUUUGUGGAGAAGGCACAGGAAGUAAUGAAACAAGAAGAUGCCGAAGAACUGCAGAAGAAGAUCAUGAGUGCAAAGUUUGACUUCAAUGACUUUUUAAAGCAAACACGUGCUGUUGCACAAAUGGGGUCAAUGAGUCGUGUCAUUGGAAUGAUCCCAGGAAUGGGGAAGGUUACUCCGGCACAAAUUCGAGAAGCUGAAAAAAGCUUGAAGCUUAUGGAAUCAAUGAUCGAAGUAAUGACCCCAGAGGAAAGGGAGAAGCCGGAAUUGUUAGCUGAAUCACAAGCUAGGAGGAAGAGAAUUUCUACUGAAUCCGGCAAAACAGAGCAGCAGGUAAGUCAACUUGUUGCUCAACUUUUCCAAAUGCGAGUCCGUAUGAAGAAUCUAAUGGGGUUAAUGGAAGGCGGAUCUAUUCCUGCUUUAAACAACCUUGAGGAAUCACUGAAAGCCGAACAGAAGGCACCUCCUGGUACCGCUAGGAGGAAAAGGAGAUCAGGAACGAGGAAGCAAUUUGUGGAUUCAGGGGUGGCACGGCCUAGUCCUCGUGGUUUUGGAUCAAAGAGCUAGAGAGGAACAUAGGGCCUCCUUAAUUUGAUGUUGUUCCGAACUUAUAUUGCUUGAGGAUAGUUUUCAUUUUCACAACGGUCUGCCCAUUUGCUGCGGUCCGAUGUAAAGGUUCCUAGUGUUGUUUUUUGCGGCAUUAGCUCGACUUGCAUGAACUUGUGUUUGAGCAUCUCAACCAAACUAAAUAAUUUUCAACGGGCAGCUAUUUAUUUCUCCAA